UCUUCUUUCUUUGUCACUUUGCUCUCCCACGAAGGAAAAUCGAUCCCUUGUUGUCCUAAACCCUCAUUUCUCUCUGUAUACAUUCAUUAUAUUAGAAAAAAGAACUAUAAUGGGUAGUCAAAAUUUUCUGGGAAACUGAUCGAUACGCAACGAUAAUCUUGUUAUUUUACAGGAAACUCUUUCUGGGUGCUCCAUGUUUGAAUAGAGGAUUGGAUUUUUCUGACCUGCAUAGGUGAUUUGAUCGUGGGUUACUGUCAUUAGGAUUAACGUAGGAUCAGGGUUCAAGUUUUUUGGCCUGGAAUUGGUUUUAUGUUUCUGGGUUUGUAGAUAUCUUGUUGGAUAUUACCCUUGUUUUAUUACUUCGAGAAGAGAGAAGAAAUUUGAGGAGUAAUUAGCGUUAUUCGUAUUGCUAAUCUGUGGUGAUGUCGAGUUAUGUGGGCGUAGUUGUUUCGGAUCAAUGGCUUCAAAGCCAGUUUACCCAAGUUGAGCUUCGCAGCCUUAAAGCCAAAUUUAUUUCGGUAAAGAAUCAAAAUGGUAAAGUCACAAUCGGAGAUUUGCCAUCCAUGAUGGCAAAGUUGAAGGCAUUUAGUACAACUCUCACCGAGGAGGAGAUUAGGGACAUCUUGAGUGAAUCCAAUGCUGACACAAGCAGUGAGGUCGAUUUUGAAGCCUUCCUCAGGACACAUUUGAGUUUGCAAGGCAAAGCUACAGCUAAAUCGGGUGGUUCAAAGAAUUCUUCAUCGUUCCUUAAGGCAACCACAACUACUCUUCUACACACAAUCAGUGAAUCAGAAAAAUCAGCUUAUGUUGCUCAUAUAAACAGUUAUCUCGGGGAUGACCCAUUCUUAAAGCAGUUUCUUCCUUUAGAUCCAGCUUCAAAUGAUCUAUUUAAUCUUGCAAAAGAUGGGGUGCUUCUAUGUAAGCUCAUAAAUGUUGCGGUUCCGGGAACAAUUGAUGAACGAGCUAUUAACACCAAACGAGUACUUAAUUUAUGGGAAAGAAAUGAGAACCAUACUCUCUGCCUCAACUCGGCAAAGGCUAUUGGCUGUACGGUAGUUAACAUCGGUACACAGGACUUGGUUGAAGGAAGACCUCAUUUGUUGCUUGGGUUGAUUUCUCAAAUUAUAAAGAUUCAGCUCUUAGCCAAUCUCAACCUUAGGAAGACGCCUCAGCUUGUGGAACUGGUGGAGGACAAUAAUGAUGUUGAGGAACUUCUGGGAUUGGCCCCCGAGAAAAUCUUACUAAAAUGGAUGAAUUUCCAUCUUAAAAAGGCUGGCUAUAAGAAACCUGUAACGAAUUUCUCUUCUGAUCUGAAGGAUGGUGAGGCUUAUGCUUACCUGCUCAAUGUUCUUGCUCCAGAACACUGCAAUCCUGCUACAUUGGACAAUAAGGAUCCCACUGAAAGGGCUAAAUUAGUACUUGAUCAUGCAGAAAGAAUGAGUUGCAAACGAUAUUUGAGUCCAAAAGAUAUUGUUGAGGGCUCAGCAAAUUUGAAUCUUGCUUUUGUGGCACACAUAUUUCAUGAAAGGAAUGGCCUUUCUACAGAUGGCAAGAAGGUUUCCUUUGCAGAGAUGAUGACAGAUGAUGUGCAAACUUGCAGACAAGAAAGAUGUUUUCGACUGUGGAUCAACAGUCUUGGAAUUGUUAGUUAUGUCAAUAAUGUGUUUGAAGAUGUUAGGAAUGGAUGGGUACUUCUUGAAGUUCUUGACAAAGUUUACCCUGGUUCAGUAAACUGGAAGCAGGCAUCAAAGCCACCAAUUAAGAUGCCAUUUAGAAAAGUAGAGAACUGCAAUCAAGUUAUAAUGAUCGGGAAGGAGUUAAAAUUUUCACUAGUCAAUGUAGCGGGAAAUGAUAUAGUACAAGGAAAUAAGAAGCUCAUACUUGCUUUUCUAUGGCAGUUGAUGAGGUUUAAUAUGCUUCAGCUACUGAAGAACCUGAGAUCCCACUUGCAACAGAAAGAGAUGACAGACAGAGAUAUUCUGAAUUGGGCGAAUAAGAAAGUUAAAAGUUCGGGCAGAAAGUCUCACAUGGACAGCUUCAAGGACAAGAGUCUGUCGAAUGGAUUAUUCUUUCUUGAGCUUUUAAGUGCAGUAGAACCGAGGGUCGUCAAUUGGAACCUUGUUACCAAGGGUGAAAGUGACGAUGAGAAGAGGUUGAAUGCUACUUACAUAAUCAGUGUGGCACGGAAGCUUGGUUGUUCGAUUUUCUUGUUGCCCGAUGACAUCAUUGAGGUGAACCAGAAGAUGGUUCUCACUCUAACAGCCAGCAUAAUGUACUGGAGCCUUCAACAACCAGUGGAAGAGGGAGACUCAUCUCCCUCACUUCAUAAUGGUGCCUAUACUCCUGAUGCCUCUCCAGCACCAUCCUUUAGUGGUGAAGACGAAAGCUCUUCUCUUGGUGGUGAGAUCUCAAACUUGAUAAUUGAUGAUUCUGCUUCCGACACAACAGUCUCCUCAUUGCUUGAGAAUGAAGAAACUCCCCUCGGAUAAUAUACAUUCAAGUUCAAGUGUUAUCACAAUAAUGACACGAAAGCAAAGAAGUAAAACACGGGUAGGAUAAAAAUGUACACUGUCCCUAUAAGGGAAAAACGGAUCGUGGGAAAAAAGGAGUGUCAAGAAGAAGAAGAAGAAGAAGAUCUCUUUGAAGACCAAGAGAAUGGAAGAACAUAUUUGUUUUUUAAAUGUUUGUUCCUCAAAAAUUUUGUCUUUCUUCUUCUUCUUGUUCAAUUUACAGUUUGUUGUAGAGGUGCUUUGAAAAUAAUAGGAUCUGUUUGUGAUGAAUUCAAACUCCUGUUGAGCAGGGAGUCCUGUUGAUCAUACAAAGAAGUAGGUCAGUUUUGCAAAUUAAUUCUAUGAAUCGAAAUAAAAUUUUGAAAA